AUGGAUGCGCCCGACCGAACGCGGGGGGCCGAGUCCGGGGCGCUUCACCGUCCUGUGCAGAGACAGGCCGCAGGGACAGGAGCCGAAGAAGGUCGCCUGGCGGGGCGAAAGAAACAGUCUCCGACGCCGUCGGUCGGCGCCAGCGGUGCGACGGCAACCUCGCUUCCUACGUUUGAAGUUGGGCGAGGCGAGGAAAUCGGGUAUUUGUUCCGGAGAGACAACUCUCCGUUGUCGCCUUUGCCGCCUCCGUGCUUCGCCUCGUUCGCGGCGCUUGCGGCGUUGAGGGCGGCGGUGGAGUCCCACGCGAAGGCUCGGGCGGGGCGUGAGGGACAGGACGAGGAGACAAAAGACGAAACGCCUGUGAGACGAAAACGGCGCAGUUGUGUCGAGCGCGGUGAGGCACAGCCGCGAGACGGGCACGUGUCUACAUGCGCCGCCAGCGUCUGUUCUCCUCAGAGCCUCCACAGGGCUCGGAAAAGUGGGCGCAGCACUGUCCCUCGUGGCUCGUCUCGCAGUCGCAGGCGAGCCCGGCAGCAAGUGGAGAGUGACGCCUGUCGCGUUUUUGAGUCGACUCCUCUUGACGGGGGAACCCGAAGCAAUCUGGACACAAGGCCAAAAACAUCUUCCAAACGCGCAGAUUCGCCUUUCUGUGAUGCGGGCGAGGGCAGAUUCUGCGUCUCAGUCAAGGAUUCUGCUUCGCCCUCGUCUCCACCGGUCGCCGAAGACUGCGGUUUUUCUUGUGGGACGACUCUUCGCGCAGAUCUGUCUCCUCUCAGGCUUUCUCUGCGGGCGAAGGCGCGGUCUGCUUCGCGAGCAAGUCUCCAUUUCGCAGAUCUCGCCCCGGGUCAGCCCUCCAGAGAGGGAACGGUGGAGGGCUCUGCGGGAGCGGUUUUGCCGCCUGAUGUGCAGGCGUCUGGCUGCGGCGUCCGUUCUGUUCUGUUGUGUUCAUGGUCAGGUCUAUGUCGACGAAGUGAGAAUCUGAACUCCGAGAGGGCGGGGAAAAGGAGUGAGGGCGUGAACUGUCGUUCGUCCUCGUUCCCGCGCUGUGGCAGAAGUCAGUCGCAACGUGGGAGCGGCGCACGGCCGCGGUUCUGGGAGUUUGGAGGCGACUGCACUGGGGGAAGAGCCAAAGAAGCCGUCGACGAGCUGCGCAGGCGCUGUGGAGCUUCUUGCCUCACAGUGCGGAUGCCAGUCGCGUCGUCGCCCGCGCAGCUGUCGCUCUCGUCUCGCAGCUCUCUUGUCCCUGCUCCUGAGCUGCCGUCGUCACUUUCGUCUGACGAAGCGAGUGCUGUACAGGCAGCAGGGAUAGAAACGGGGCAGGUGCCGGGGCGUCCCUGGCUCGCGCCUGCCGCUGCCUGUCUCGCCGAGCUGUCUCCUUCCGGGCCUUCUUCGCCGCUGCCGCCGUGGCCUUCAAGCCGACUCCAAGCCCACGAGGAGAAGUCCACGUCGCCGCUCGCGCAUCGAUGUGCCUCUGAGCCUCUGUCAGCAGCUACGGCCGCCUCUACCGCUUGUCUUCCUUCCAGCGCCUCUGCUGCGAGUGUCGUGGCACGCGACCUCGAGGGAGAGGGAGAAGGAGAGCUGCGCCUGUCUACGCGCGGAGGGGGGGAGCCUGUUGAGCGGUUGCCCGAGGCUGGCGGACUGGAGGAGGAUUCCCUCGGCACAGCAGGGGUGAUUAUCAACGAGGAGCUUCGCCGUUUGUUGUGCGCAGCUUCUCAAGAGGCCCGCAGUGAGUGUGACGUUCUCCAAGAGCGACUCAGAAAACUUUCGGCAGAAAAUGCGCGGCGGGCUGCCGCUCUCCGCCCGCACGACUUCAAAGAAGACAGCUCGCUCUGCCGCCCAACUGACGCGUCUCCCGAGGGGGGCGGGGUGUCUCCGGGGCUCCUCCUCUGCGCGCCGAGGCGUCGGCGCCAGGCGGGGACUUUUUCGUCGCGCGAUGAAGCUUUGUCGACCCCAACUCUCGAAUCUCUGGAGCGCGAAAAUUUGAGGAUUUUCUCCUCGCCUUCGGGGUCGCGUCCCCAACUUGUGGGUAGGCGGUGUUCGGCGGCGUGUGCCCCCCCCUCCCCUGAGUUUUCUGUGCCCUCGGUCUCCUCACGGCAGAGCUGCGGGCAAGUGCUCUGUGUCCCGCCCUCGGCGCCAGACUCGAUCGGGGAUGAUGAGGGAGGGCGAGCGUCUUUCUUGCGGCGCGAAAGCUGGGGCAGGGCCUGGCAGGAAGAGAGCUGUCUUGGCUCCUGCUGUCCGUCAUGUGGCGAUGCCAGCAGCCACCCUUGCGCGACGUAUCCCCACGACGGCGCCCAGGCGCGCCGUCGUGGGAAUACAUCGUUCGUUCCGCUGCGCUCUGUUGCCGCUCACUCUGGCGACGCGCCUUUCUCGCUGAGCCACGCGAGCCGCUUCAUGCCUCACGCCUCGGAGGCAAAAUGCAGAGAGGGUGGUCUGUCUUGCCACUCUCUGGAUCCAAGUCUCUCAUCUCCGGCGCAGCAGCAGCAGCAGCAUGCGUUGGGCCUCGGCAGCAGCCGGCAGGCGGCUGCGUCGGUCCGCUCCUCUGGACCCGAGGGACGGUCAGCGAGUCUCGCUGCCGCCGAAAAUAGGGAGCAGCAGUGGGACUACUCCGGUUUUCGCCGUCGCCUUCCGCUGGCUUCAUCGAGUGUAGAAGGCUCCGAUUUCGGCACUAUAACUCUACGGCGUUCGCAGAGUGAUGAGCUGGCUGCGCGCGCCUCCUCUGGUUCGCGAGGCUGCGGCAGAGAAGCGGAGGCCUGCGUUCGCGCCUACCAGUCUACAAGGCGUAUGUCGCCGCUCUGUGAGCGACUCCACACGGAGCCUCAUGACGAGAGGGUCAGUCGUGGAGGCAGUGAAGCGUGUGGCGGCGAGACAGAGGCAAGCGCGAGACGUCUGGAGCGUGGCUCAGGGGGAGGGGGGGCCUUGCGGAAAGUCUCUGGUAAAAACCCGCCAGAGGGACAGCCCGAAGGCGAGUGUGCGGCCCAAAUGAGCAAUCCGCCUUCGUCACAGGGCGCGCAGAACGGGUUUCGAGCGUCCUCGGCUUCCUCGACUUCGCCUGGAACUAGCCGGGGGUUCUUCGGGAGGGUUUUCUCCUUCCUUCGACGAAAGACGACGCGGCAAGAAGUGUGCGAGGGUGUCUGCGAUGCUUCCAACACUGCGGCUAUAUCGGCAGCAGAAAUAGGGACAUGUGCGGAAGGAGGGCGUGAUAUGAGAGGCGCUGUUGCGCGUGCUGCAGGCCCUAACAGGCUUGCCACAUAUGGCGGAGAUGCCGGUUUCCCAAAGGCAGACACUGACGCGAGCGCCUCAUUCCCCGCACGGGGGCCACGCGAGAAUUCGACGCGUUGCGGCAGCGACGACGAAGGAGGCUCGUUUGAGCAAACAAGAGGAGUCGUGAAAGCGAGAGAGAGGGGUUCGACUGCAGCGCUUCGCCCAGCAGGCCAAACCAAAUGGCUAACGGCGCUCUCGGGGGAAGAAGUGAGGCGCGGAACUUGGGACAGCACCAGCACGCGGACUAGCAGUCAGACGCGAGCGAGUCGUGGGGGCCGCGGCGCUGUCCACGUCUCUUCUCCCGAUGGAUUCUCGCAUCUGUCAUGUCUGACGCCGGAGUCGUUUCCUGUGGAGACUGCCGCACCUCUCGAGGCCUCGCCUUGGGCUCCCACUGCGGCGUUCAAGGAAGAAAGGGCGAGGCCGCAGCUGGCGGGUGACGCCGACGGAGGCGCGUCGGCGGGUCACUGUCUCGACCGCGUGCUGUGGACGCCGAACUUGGAAGAAUCGGACUAUUGUUGUGGAAGUGCUUCAGAAACAGGUACACAGUCGUUUGGCCGCACAUCGGGCAGAGGGGGGGGAGAUGGUGAAGGCCUUUGUUCGUCUUUUUCAGUUGUGAAGAAUGUCGCAAAAGACUGCCCGCGUUGUCGGCGACAGGUAUUGCUAGAGGUGUUGCGAGUCCUGGGUGGCGCCGGGAAGGAUCAACGAGUCGGCUGUGCGCCACGCCAGAGGAGACGAGUUGUCCGGGCGGCGCCGGUGCAGCCCCUAGGGUUUUGUACCUGUUGGGUGCCGAAGAGGGAUCCUAGAGACGAGGGCGGUCCGACAUUCGCGGGAGACAAGUCAGCGAGUCUUCGCGAAGAGCGUGGCGUUGUUCAUGCUGCUGAGACUGUCGUGGACUCAUCAGGAAGUUACGGCUCCGCGUUCGUGAAGGGGGCAGCCGGCAUGCGUCCUCUAAGCUCCGGUAGCCAUAUGGAGGCGGCCCCCGACAGGCCUGCAGGCAGCUGCUUUGAGGGGGCGCGAGCAAGGGGGCAGGAGGCCCUCAGGAAGGCUGGCGAGCGAACGGCGGACAGCCCGGAGGAAGCGACGGAGGCCGGGCUCUGGGUGAAGGCGAUGAUGCUGAUGGACAUGUAG